AUGGAUCAAUUAAUAUCACAAUUAAAUUUUAAAAGUCAUAAUUCAAUAAUUCAUUCAGUUGAUUCAAUUGGAGAUGAUACAUGUUAUGUUUUAGAUUUAUCAGUUACACCAAAUUUAUUAGCAGCUGCAGGUUCAAAUUAUUUAAUCAAAAUUUAUGAUAGAUCAAAUAAUACUAUAUUAAAUGUUUUAAGUGGUCAUAAAGAUGCAAUCAAUGAAACUAAAUUCAUUGAAAAUACAAAUACUCUCUUAUCAUGUUCAUCUGAUAAAACUGUAAAAAUAUGGGAUACUAAAACUGGCCAAUGUUCACAAACAAUUAAUCAACAAGGUGAAAUUUUUAGUAUUGAUUUAAAUGGUGAUAUUUUAGCAAUGGGUGUUGGAUCGAUGGUUGUGUUAUAUAAUUUAUCAACAAAGAAGAUGAUUAGAAAGUUUGAUUGUUCACAUACAGAGGAUGUUACUAGAGUUAGAUUUCAUCCAAUUGAUAAGAAUAAAUUGGUUUCGUGUAGUGUUGAUGGAUUGAUAUGUAUGUAUGAUUUGGAGCAAGCGGAUGACGAUGAUGCGAUUGUUCAUGUUAUCAAUGCAGAGGAUUCAAUUGGAAAUAUCGGUUUCUUUGGAUCGGCAUAUCAAUAUUUAUAUACAUUAUCACAUACUGAAAGAUUGGCGACAUGGGAUCUUACCACCGGAUUAAAGAUAAAGCAUUACGGCGCUGAUUUACGAUCAACCUUGAGUGACCGUUAUAAAUUUGAAAUUAAUUAUUUCAUUUCUUGUAUUUAUGAUAACGCAUCGAAUCAAUUGAUUUUAUUCGGAGGUGAUUUCAAUGGCACAGGCCACGUUUUCUUGGUCACACCAGAUGAGGUCAUUCAAAUUUCAAAAUUAGAAAAUGUACACACUGAUGUCAUUAGAAAUGUAUUUUGGGAUAAAUUCAAAUCUGAAUUAAUCACUUCUUCUGAAGAUAGUAAAAUUGGAUUUUGGACAAACAAUCCUUCAAUUACAAAUAUUUUAAAAAUAAAUAAUGAUACAAGUUCAAAUAAAAUGAAAGAUGAUAAAUUAAAAUCAAAAAAAACAAGUCCAUAUAAUAAAUAA